AUGGCAUCACAACCGACCGCUCCCGAUCCAGAGCGGGAGUACAACCUGAUAUCUCAACUGGAACUGCGAAUAGCCUCGGCCUCGACAGAUUCCAAACUCGAAUCUAUUCUUCAGAAAUUUUUGCCGGCUUUGCUUCUCAAGCUCGCCUCUCCGACGCCCAAGAACCGGAACCUCGCCAUCAAAGUCAGCCAGUACAUCAGCCAAAGAUUGAAAAUCAACCCCGAUAUCAAAUUGCCGGUGGCCGCCCUUGUCAAGACAUUCCGCGAGGUUGAGAAUGCUUUCGUCAGGCGAUUCGCCCUCAUAUUCAUCGAGCAAGGGCUGCCAAGGUUGGAUGUUGAUCAAGGCAUUGAGACUCUGCCGGGGGUAUUGCAAUUCGCCAUUCCACAAUCAGAGGGCUACGAUGCUGCCGACGGGAAGAUGUGGGCUAUAGCAUUCGAUUUCCUUCUCGAAGUGCUUCGGAGAUGGAAGAUCCCCGAAAGGGGCAGCAAGGAAGAUCUCGCAUUGAAGGAUACUUUCUCACUAUCACAAGCGCAAUCUGAUAUCCUGGUCAGCCGAUUUUGUGAAUUUUUACUCCACGAUCCUAAGGACUCCAGAACCCAGUCACAAGAUGAAGAUUUCCAACCGGUUUUUGACAAGAAUUUCAAACGACGGCCCGAAGUCGUACGACCGAUUGCUAAGUACCUAUUUAGUUCGAUCUUCGGUGACAGACAACGCCUCAUCCCUGCUGUUAUCAUGGCAGUUGACGCAAACGCCUCGGCAUCGAAUAUGAGCGACAUCAUGUUCAAACAAUGUGACUUCGAUCUCGAGGCCGAAGAAACUGUUGAUGCUCUCUUUGCAUUGUACAAACGCUCGAGACCCAAACUCCAGACACGGAUUUUAUCACUUCUGGCGCGAAGCCAGAAAUCCACUAGUCGCACAGCGGAGAUUAUGGCCAUGGUGGAGACGCAGCUCAACACGUCUAACACGGGCCUUGAGGCCGCAAAGCUCCGCACAGCUCUGUUCACCUAUCUCACUUGGACGGUCCGUGUGGGCAAAGACUUGGGUCAGAUCAGCAACCGCGUACAGGACAUGCUGAAAGAGUACAUUGAGAUGCAAGGAUGGCCGACGAUGAACGAUCGCUCAGCUGCAGAGGUCGAACUACGUGCGAAAGCGUAUGAAAGCAUUGGCCUCCUGGCAGCCAUCAAGGAUACCGCCGAAACUAAUAGUCGCACGAUGGAUCUGACCACCUGGCUAUUCACCAGUCUCCGAUGCGAUACGGCCCGAGAGAUCAGGGCUAGUAUUGAAGAAUCGAUCGGCCGAGUCAUGAACGCUGUCUCGAAACUGGACGAAUCGACCACACAGCGACUGAAAGACUUGUUGCUGUGGAACGUCCUGGCAACUCCCGGGCAAGAAGAUCCCGUCUAUUUCCUGCCGACUGUCAACAGUACGAAAUAUCCUGCUCUCAAAUUCGCCAAUAAGUGUUUACCCUUCCAAGACGUCGAUGCAAGGUUCAUCAAUGUUCUUGCUCUCACUCCCUCCGACCGGAAAGAGGUGGCGGAGGAGGGCAUCCGUGGUCUCGAUCCAUACUGGCAUGCCUCCAACAUACGACUUACCAGGACGUCGUUGUCAGAUAAAAAACUCGACCUACCCAACCUCGAAGCCCUGGUGAAGCGAUUCUUCGAAACUGAACCCGCACAGAUGAGAUACUACGACAACAUCACGGUGCUAGCAGCCGCGAUCACGUUCUGCCGCAAUGUGUUCGUCUGUGAUGCGCUGAGAGGCACACGGCUGAUUCCUGACGAAUCGGCGGACUGGAAACAGAGCAUUGACGCCCUGGUCAACAACGACCAGGAUGCUCGACAAAGGAUACGGGACCAUCUACGCCGACUUGACAUUGAGACAAAACUGACACUGAUCAACGUAGCGUUGGCAGGUUUGGAAAAGGGCUCCGAAGACUGUCUGGACUUAUCCCUGGAAAUACUUUCUCUUGCUCCAAAUGAUCUACUGUCCCUUGUCCAGCAGGCCGCUAUGAACGGUGCUUCACGUGUCGCGUCUAACGCAGUAUUGCAACUUCGAGCCGCCAGAGUCUUUGGCAUCCUGGCCUCGGCAUCCGAGAGUGCAGAAAUCUUGGCCAGAGCCGAAUGGGACGAGACGUCAAACUGGAAAAUUGCAGUCGGAGAGGGAAUGGUCAAAAUCCAAGGCCAUCUGCUGCGAGCUUGUUUCUGCCUCUCGAGGAAGUCGCUUCGAGGUAUUCAAACAUCUGCUGACGACACCCUGCAACUCUUGACGCGGCGGCUUGUUGAAAUAGUCAACACUUCCUCCGAUAAGUCGCUCAAGGAAACCGCGUACAGAUGUCUACGCCAACUUGCUCUGUGCACGCCGACUGGAAACAGCCCUGAACCAGAUAAAGAAUUAUUGAAUCAAAUGAUUUCGGACGGCAAAAAAGGAAGCGAAACUGCCAUUGCGGCCGUUGGUCCUCUCCUAGGUGUCUUGUGUGCGAAAGGGACGCCUUCCCAAUUUAACUCGUUCCUAGACCGCUUUUUAGCUCUUCACGAGGUCAAGAGGGCGGAGUUCCACUUUGCAUUGGGAGAGUCACUUGCCGUUGCGGGUGCUGGGUUCCAAUCGUCGUCCACCAUGACGGAAUUUGAUAUUGACGGGCCUCUGCCCAGUUGGGGCUUCAACGGAGAAUUGAUGUCGACGAUCGUGGAUAGAGUCAUUGAAGAUUGCCAAACAACGAAGCCCUCGCUAAAGAAAGCUGCCGCCAUUUGGCUCUUGUGCAUGAUGCAAUACUGUGGUGAAGUCGGCGCGGUCAAAUCAAGACUGAGAGACGCUCAAGCUGCGUUUGCGAGGCUUCUGAACGACCGCGAUGAAAUCGUCCAGGAAACUGGUUCCAGAGGACUCAGCGUGGUGUAUGAACGAGGCGACAAGCAACUCCAAGAUGAUUUGGUCAGAGAUCUGGUACAAACGUUUACCGGGUCCGAUGCGAAGAUGUCUGGCACCGUCAAUGAAGACACUCAGCUCUUUGAAGCAGGCGCCCUGCCCACCGAAAAUGGCCAGUCGGUCACAACGUAUAAAGACAUUGUUCGCCUCGCCACAGAAAUGGGGGACCCAAGUUUGGUGUACAGAUUCAUGAACCUUGCUUCGAACAAUGCCAUUUGGACCAGUCGCGCCGCAUUUGGUCGGUUUGGACUCGGCCGUGUGCUGGCUGACUCAACGUAUCUUACUGAGAACAAAAGAUUUUAUCCCAAGCUCUUUCGAUAUCGAUUCGACCCCAAUCCGCAUGUUCAGCGAUCGAUGAAUGAGAUUUGGAGGGCGCUCGUGAAAGAUCCAAAUGCCGUGAUCAACGGCAAUUUCGACCCGAUCAUGCAGGAUUUGUUGAAGAGCAUCGUGUCGGGCAAGGAAUGGCGAGCUCGCGAAGCCAGCUGUGCGGCGAUAUCUGAUCUCGUGCAAGGCCGAGACAUCGAUAUGUUCGAAAAAUAUCUCGAUGAAAUUUGGAAUGUAGCGUUCAAGGUUCUGGACGAUGUCAAAGAAAGUGUCCGGAUAGCUGCGAUGAAGUUGUGCAGAACACUCACUAGUAUGCUGAUUCGCAAUCUCGAAGGGGGGAAAGGCGACGGCAAGCGAGCGGCUACCAUGCUCAAUCAUGCCAUGCCGUUCUUGCUACGGCAGAUGGACUCUGGUGGAGCAAAGGAAGUCCAGCAAUAUGCCAUUGUGACUUUGUUGGAUGUCGUCAAGAAGAGCCCACCCAAAUCCCUGCGCCCCUUUGCUCCACUAGUAUUAGAGACACUAGUGCUUUCGCUCAGCUCACUGGAACAUGAGAGUAUCAACUACCUGCACCUGAACGCCGACAAGUAUGGACUGACGGCUGAAGAACUCGACAAGAUGAGGGUGUCGAGUAUCAAUGCAUCGCCAGUGACAGAAGCAAUCGAGAGUUGUUUGGACAGCAUCACGAUGCCAUUGGUCACGUCCCGUGUGGCCGACGCCAUGCAAGGCGUGGUUUCAACUUCCAACGCAGAAGAAAGUCACUCCCCCAUGGAAGAUGCAAUGCAGAGACUCAUGAACGCAUAUCGGGCUGCAAUCGGGCUGCCAUCCAAAGUUGGCCUCAGCAGGGUGAUGACGACCCUUGUUGUUCGCCACCAAACAGCAUUCCGACCCUACGCGGACAAGUUUAUACAACUGACCAGGAAACACAUCCUUGAUCGCAACGCCACUAUCAGUGUCGCUUUCAGCACCUCCCUGGGGUACCUGAUGAGACUUGCCUCAGCUAAGGAGAUUCAAAGCACGAGCAACUAUGCCCAGAAAUUAUAUUUCGAGUCACAGGAAUUGGUUCAUCGCUCAGUGGCGGGUGAGAUCAUCCAGGCUAUCUCCCAGGCCGCGAAUGACGUCUUUAUGAAUUCUGCGUCAGCCUUCCUCCCUUUCGUAUUUAUCGGACGUCGAGAUACGGACAAGGAAGUCCGAGAACGAUUUGACAUCCCCUGGAAAGAAAACAUUGGCGGUUCUCGCGCCAUCAAUCUGUACCUUACCGAGAUAGUGGGGCUGAUAUUGACCCACAUCAAAUCACCUCUAUGGCCCGUUAGACACGCAUGUUGUUUCGCGGUCGCCGAACUGAUUGGGUCCAUGGAAGUGCAAGAAAAGUACACUGAUCGUGAGGCGUUGCUUAUUUGGGAGGCGAUCCAGGAGGCCCUGGAUGGUAAAACCUGGGAUGGCAAAGAAGAAAUUAUCAAAAUGUACCCAAAGUUCGUGCGUCAGGCCGAGGGUCUCUGGUCUAACAGCCAGACGAGCCAACAAAUGAGAAAGAUUGCAAUCCGGGAGGCAAAAAGGACUAAUGCUGCAUACCGACCUCAUGCCAUUAAAGCCCUGGGGGAGUUCGCAGUCAUCCGAAAAGACCUGGACUUGACCCUUGAAUUGGUGCCCUAUUUGGCGUCUCUCAUGGAUGAUCUGACGGACCAGGAUGCCAUGGAUGUUGAUGAAACUAGCGGCAAGCCCCUUUCCAACGGGACGAUGGUGGAAUCCACGGCCAGUGCGACCGUUUGGUGCUUGUUCAAGCUCCUCGCAACCCAUGCCAACGCCCAGGUUCUGGACUCCGCAACCCAAAUCGUGCAGAAGGCACGUGCCACUCAUGCGAGCGCAGUGGAUGGCGCCCUCUACGAGAGUGCAAAAUUUUUCGUGGUAAAUGUAUCGCCAAUGAAAAAGGAUGAAGGCGUUCGCUUCGGUACGGAAAAUCCCUCAGCCUCAAAUGGCGCAGCACCCUCGCUACGGCUGAGAACGGGGGAAAAAUCGGAGCGGCGUGCCGGGGGAGAGGGACCAAGUGGCUUUUGGGAGACAUUUGAGCCACUGGUGUUGGCGGUGCUCUCCUCCGAUACUGCCCGCCAAGCAUCCGAACCCGAAAAUCAGCGCAAAUCACGUGUUUCCCUGGCCCUGGCGAUUGCUGAGCGAGGUGUGCAGCAGCCCGCAGCGCUAGCGGCGAUCCUGGACACCUGGCUGCAAGCAGAACGGUCGAGGCCUUUACGUGAAGACAUUGAACGUGCUCGACUGGCGAAUCGACGUCCCUAG